CUUGCUCUCGAGGACGUCGAAACACGUGAUUGCGUCAUGGGUAUAGCAAAACCUCGUAUCGCGCUGUCCAAACCUGGAAAGCCUUUUGAUUAGCUACUCAGAGGACAUCAUCUCGGACGAGACAGUCGUACCGGAAGAUAAGCCAGACAAUCAUCCACUCACCCUCAGUCACCUCUGUAGAGUGUCCCUCAAGCUGCCUCCGUUUGAGGUCGCUGCACUGAGGUUCUUUCUUUCCAUGAUUGGGGCCAUGGGCUCUUCAGCGCUAGUGGACACCCCGGACACCCGAUGUCAUCCUAGGCCUGUUGCAGUACAGAUCAACGACCUCGACGUGAUAGACUUCGCCGACCUCUCUCCUGAGGUAUUGCUUCAAGUUACAAGGGCAAAGGCGUCCCACCUAUCCCUCUCGUUGAACCCGGCGCUAGGAGAUGACUGCUCGCGGCAGCUCGUCUUAUCCGCCCGGGGGCCAGAGGGCACGUUCCACAUUUCAACCGACACAUUUGAGGACUCCCCCGAUCUCCAAAUCGAUUGGGACGACUUUCGCUUCGUGCUCAGCGCCGGCCAGCACCUCCAGGCCGUGCGGGAAGUAUGGAUCACGGGUAUACCCCCUCAGAAUAGCAUCACCGCCGCGUUCAAGUCAGUCAUCGCAGCGUUACCCGCGCUGGAAACCGUUGUCUUCGUCAUCACCCGGGUUACCUCCGAGACGGACGUAAACUCAAGCCUCUGCCCAGACCCCCCCCCCGAUCCGGGCUUCGCCUCCCACAAGCUCAAGACGCUGCGCCUUGCAUACGGCAACGACAGUUAUCGGAGGGGCUCAGUGGUGAAGCUUAGCUUGAGGCGGCUGCUGGAACAAGUGGAGACUGGCGCGUAUGGGUACUUUCAGACCCUUAUCCUGCAGAUGACGGGGCGAUUAGUAGUGCGCAAUGGAGAACUGAGACGGCUGCAGGCUCGGUUCGCAACGGUGACGUUCGAGCACAUUGGCCAGAUGCCCACAAUGUCACUUCCAGACUAUUGCGUGGAGCCGUAUGCAGGUCCGGGAGGAAGCAGUUCAUGGCCCGGCUCACUAUGGUAA